UGCGCACACUCGGGGUGGGCUCCCGCUCCCAGGAGUCUCCGCGGCGGCCCCUUGGGAGCUGCGCGGUGCUCCUAGCUGUCCUGCUCCUCGGUCACAUCAAUGUCUGCGCGGCUUCUGCUUCGAGUACUUUUAUCCCGGGUCCCCAGGCCUGCCAGUGAAUUUAGGCUUCUGGAUCGUUUUCCUCUGGCUUUAGGCCAGCGUUUUCUGAAUGGUCAGUUUCACUGUGGAGCAUGUCCAUGGACCUCCUUACACUGUUUUGCCAGAGUGGAAUUUCCCAACCAAUUAAUUCUUAACAGUUAUAAUCAUGGACCAUAUUUGGAGAUGAGGUGUGAGACAGAGAGUUCAUUUAUAGGAAAGGGCAUUACUGACAGUAGUGGUUCUCAUUUGGAAGUAAUGGAAAGCACCAGACUUGCUGACCUUGACAGCUCCAUUUUCAGAAAUGACUGGCAAAGCAAAAGCAAGAUUGAAGUACAUGGACUUGAAGGGGGAUGUUUCAAUCAAAUAAAAAUAAUCUCAGACAAAGAACCCAAUUAUAAACAUCAUAAAUGUGUCACAUUACCAUGGAGAAUGGAUGCCAGUAAGAAGCCCUGUGACUAUAAAGAAUAUGGGAAAGUCUUUGAUUGUGAUUCAGACUGUGAUGAAUAUCAGAGAAUACUAACUGAUGAGAAAACCCAUGAAUGUAAUGAAUGUUGGAAAUCCUUUGGGCUAGAUAAUUCACAUACACUACAACUGAAUAUUUGUACUGGGGUGAAACCUUGUAAAUACAUGAAAUGUGGUGAUACAUUUAUUAUUUAUGAAGAUGUUAAUGUAUACCAGAACAUUCAUAGUCAUGGUAAGUACUAUACAUGUAAAGAAUAUGGGAAGAUCUUAAGAGCUGCAGAAAUUGCUCCUUUUCAAAUAAUUCACGAUGGUGGGAGGCCCUAUAAAUGUAUGUUCUGUGGGAAAUCCUUCAGAAUAUAUGCACAACUUAUAAGACAUCAUAAAAUUCAUAGUGAAGACAAACCUUACCGAUGUAUGAAAUGUGACAGAGACUUCAGGUUUUAUUCACAGCGUACUGAACAUCACAGAAUUCAUACUGGUGAGAAACCAUAUAAAUGUAUACACUGUGAAAAGGUUUUUAGAAUUAAGUCACAGCUCAUUGAACAUGAGCAAAUUCACACUGGUGAGAAACCUUAUAUAUGUAAGGAAUGUGGGAAGGCGUUUGGUGUCAGUAGACAACUUGCUCGACAUCAGAUAACUCAUACAAAUAAGAAACCCUAUGAAUGCACAUCAUGUAGAAAGGUCUUUAGAAACAGUUCAUCUCUCACUAGACAUCAGAGAAUCCAUACUGGUGAGAAACCCUAUAAAUGUAAAGAAUGUGAAAAAGCAUUUGGACUAGGUAGUGAACUUACCCAACAUCAACGAAUUCACAGUGGUCAGAAACCUUAUGAAUGUAAGGAGUGUGGGAGGUUCUUUAGACUUACAUCAUUCCUUAUUCAACGUCAGAGAAUCCACAGUGGUGAGAAACCCUAUUAUGCAAGAUAUGUGGGAAAGCCUUUAGACAAAGUUCAGCUGUUAGGGAACAUCAAUGAACUCAUACUGGAGAAAAGCCCUAUGAAUGCAAGGCAUGUGGGAAGGCUUUUAGACAUAGUUCAUCCUUUUCAAAACAUCAGAGAAUUCAUAGGGGUGAGAAGCACUAGAAUGUAAGGAAUGUAGUAAUGCCUUUAGUGUAUCUUAGUUGACAUCAGAAAAUGUCUACCAGUGGGAAGUCAUUUGAAUGAAAUCAGUACAUGAAGGCUCUUUAUUUCUGAUUUUCAGUGGAAAAACCUGUGGAUUUAAUAAGAUAUAAUUAAAGGGAUUCAAUAUUUCUAAAAUCUGUGUAAUGACCAUUCUGUAUUUAGAAAUACAAUUCUUCAAUCAUGGGUAAUAUACACAUUUCUGUUAGAUAUUGCCAGUAUUUAUCCUUAUAUUAACAUUUGUUUUAUUUACUAACAUAGUGUAGUCCUUAUUCAUUCAUUUCUGAAAUGUGUUCACCCAAUUAUUAGUGAUUUGAGUUCUCUUUAUGUGAGUUUUUUGUUCUGGCAUGUUUUCUUUAUAAUAACUUCUCGUGUUUAUGUUUUGAUCUUUUGUUAUUACUUUUAAAGAAUUUGUAGUAUUACUCAAAUACCUUUUUUUGCAUUCUCGGUUUAUAUAUAAUGUAUUUAUCUUCCUCUAUGGAGUAAGAACUCCCAAUUAGAUACAAAAUGGUUAUUAAGUCUUUUGAA